UUUAAGCGCGGGUAACAAAGAGCCUCACUUAGCAUCCGAGCCUCCUCCUCAGCUCCUGUUCUUCUCGCACCUCCGUCUCUACCGUCGACCCGAGAAGAUGCCGGAGGAAACCACCGCCAAGUCCAGCUCUGCGAGCGCGGACGAGAAGCCAUGUUCUUCAUCAUCUUCAUCCGCUGCAGCUGCUGACAGCUCUGUGGACGUCAUGGACGAGGCCAAGAAGCUGAUCGGCACCGGGAACAGACAUCUGGUGAUGGGAGAUGUGGUUUCUGCGGUCAGUGUUUUCCAGGACGCCUGCGGCAUGCUAGCUGCGAAGUACGGAGACACUGCAGAUGAGUGUGGCGAGGCCUUCUUCCUCUGUGGGAAGUCCCUGCUGGAGCUCGCCAGGAUGGAGAACAGUGUCCUUGGCAACGCCCUGGAGGGAGUCCCAGAGGAGUCUGAGGAAGAGGAGCAGCCCAGCAACUCAAACGUUGAGAGCGCCACCAAUCUUGAUGAUGAUGAUGACGAGGAUGAUGACGACGAUGAUGAGGGAGAGACAAAUGGACAAGAUAAAGAAGAGGAAGAAGUUGGUAAUUUGCAGUUGGCCUGGGAGAUGCUGGAAGUGGCCAAAUUCAUCUAUAAAAGGAAGGAGAGCAAAGAUGAACAGCUGAUGGCAGCUCAGACGUACCUGAAACUCGGAGAAGUCAGCGCUGAAUCAGGCAACUACCCUCAGGCACUAGAAGACUUCGGGGAGUGUCUCACCCUGCAGCUGAAGCACUUGCCCUCCCACAGCCGCCUGCUGGCUGAGACCCACUACCACGUCGCCACCACACUGUGCUACAUGGACCAGUACAGCCAGGCCAUCCAGCACUACAACAGCUCCAUUAAAGUCAUCGAAGCUCGUCUGGCCAUGUUGCAGACGGCGAUCGACAAAGCGACGGGAGCAGAUGUAGCAGCGGAAGAGAAGACCGAGAUGGAGGAGCUGAAGCAGCUUCUGCCUGACAUCAAGGAGAAGGUGGAGGACGCCAAGGAGAGCCAGAGAACAGUGAGCACUGCCUCCCAGGCCAUCCAGCAGACACUAGGCGGUGCCUCUACCUCAACCUCUUCAGCAUUCUGUGAAAACGGCGGCCCUUCAUCCUCCACAGCAUUUCCCAUAGCCAGCAAGAUUCCAGUGAAAUCAGCUGACGGCGCCUCAUCCUCUAAAGUCUCAAACAUCUCCCACCUCGUCAGGAAGAAGAGGAAACCAGAGGAGGAGAGCCCAGUAAAGGACACUGACGCUAAGCAAGCGAAACAGGAAGCCACAGUUAAUGGCAGCGCCGACUCUAGUGCCAGCAACGGCAAAGGAGUCAAGGAGGGAAAAUCACAGGAGGCGAGUGAAGGGCUUGUGUCUUUACGUUCUGAUGUAUGUGUCCAACAGAAGACUUUGGAUUAUCGAGGAGACAAGAAACAUGCAGGAGUUACGAGCUGCUUUAGGUCUCUGGUGGAGCUUCUAUCACAGAAGCUUGAGUCUGUGAAAGAUGAUCAGUUGUUCUUCUUGGAGGAAAGUUUCCUCUCAGCACGUUUGGAGGAAUCCUGUCUUUUGGUGCUUUAACUCAGAGCACCUCUUACCACAUGUGUAGCAUCAGCUGCAACCGUCUCUAGACAAAUUCUCUUUGCAUUGAGUCACUUCUCUGCAUCCCUUCUGCUAAGGGGAACCAGCAAACAUCCCAUAAAGAUUAGACCGGAUUUUGUUUUGGUUCCUGCUGUUGUACUAAAUGUUGUCUCUCUCUCUUC